AUGGGUGUCGAUGCAGAAAAGUUGGCCUCAGGCGAGGUGCCUGUGGAUGACGGAAAGGAAGGCCGACGAAGAAGCUCUCUGCGUGCUGGUAGUGUUGAUGACCUGCAGAUCCUCGACCAGCUGGGCUACAAACCUGAACUGGAUCGCAAUCGGUCCAUGAUGACGCUUCUGUUCCAAUCGCUGGCCAUCGCCGCCAUUCCUUACGGUGAAGGCGCUCCUCUCAUCAGUGCCAUCUAUGGCGGCGGCCCUCUGUCCAUCUUUGUCGGCUGGAUUGUGGUGCUUGUCCUGGAUGAAUGCGUCGCUCUGUCUCUGGGCGAGCUGGCCUCGAAAUAUCCCACCUCAGCCGGCCCGUAUUACUGGUCUUUCCAGGUUGCGACCAAGGGAAAGACGGUGUUGUCCUUCAUCACCGGAUGGACCUGGCUCAUUGGAAAUUGGACAAUUACCCUCUCCGUGAAUUUCGGCUUCGCCUCGCUCAUUGCCGGGACCGUCGCAAUGUAUCAUCCGGACUGGGUGGCCAAGGAUUGGCAACUCCUCCUCAUUUUUUACGCGAUUUGCUUGAUCACCCUUGUCACCUGUACCUUUGGCAACAAAUUUCUGCCCAUGGUCGACACCAUCUGUGCCGCUUGGACAGCUCUAAGCAUCAUCGUCAUUCUGAUCGCUCUUUCUGUCAAGGCCGACGUGGGGAGACACAGUGCAGGCUACGCCCUCGGUCACUACGACAAAUCGUUCUCGGGCUGGGGUGGCUUCACCUUUUUCAUCGGGCUUCUGCCAGCAGCCUAUACCUUUUCGGCCAUCGGAAUGAUUUCUUCUAUGGCGGAAGAAUGUUCCAGCCCGGCAAUCAAAGUGCCCAAGGCCAUCAGUCUCUGUGUACCGGUUGGCGGGUUUGCUGGCUUGUUCUUCAUCCUGCCCAUCUGUUUCACGCUGCCUCCGUUGGAAGACAUCGUCCUCGCCCCUUACGGCCAGGCCCUGCCAUACAUUUUCUUUCGAGUGAUGGGCACUCCUGGUGGUGGGUUGGGCCUGAUGUUCCUAGUCAUGGUCAUCACUCUCUUCUGCAGCAUCAGCAUCACCACGGCCGCCUCGCGCUGCACAUGGGCCUUUGCCAGGGACGACGCCAUCCCCCUGGCACGGGUCUGGUCGCAAGUCAACCAUAGCCUAAGCGUCCCGGUCUAUGCGCUUCUCCUGGUAACAUUGGUCCAAAUGCUGCUCGGGCUGAUCUAUUUGGGGUCUUCGUCCGCCUUUACGGCCUUCGUCUCUGUCGGCGUUAUCGGGUUGGCGGUCUCGUACGCCAUCCCCAUCGGAAUCAGCGUCUGGCAUCGACGAAGGGAAGUCUCCACUGCGCGCUGGAACUGCGGUCCGGUCAUUGGGCCCAUCGUCAACGGUGUGGCACUGUGUUGGAUCCUGUUUGAAGUGGUGUUGUUCAGCAUGCCGACAGCCCUACCGGUGACAGAAGUGACCAUGAACUAUGCCAGCGUUGUCUUUGUGGGGUUUCUGGUCAUCUCGGCCGGCUGGUACGUCGUCUACGCUCGGAAGGCAUACAAGGGCCCUCCCGAAUCCGAUGGCAUCGCUGCAUAA